AGACGUCGGUGCUUGGAGAUACUCGAGGAAAACAGGAAAAUAUCUGCUGCUGGAUGUUAACAUGCAGCGCUGCACGCCUUAAACUAAACACACACUCAAACACACACACACACACACACACACACACACACACACUUUGUGUUGCUGCAGCCAUGCCAGGAAUACCUGCUGAAUAUCUGCUGCAUGGGACGUGAUGGAUUCUACUGAUGGAAAGUGACACCGGAGACAGCGACGGAGGAUAAUCAUGAUGGAAGGCGGAGUGAUUCGUCCGGAGCCACAGCAUCGCUCAAACCCUCUGCAGCACAGCGACGCUCCCUGAAGGACACGUCGACCUUGACAGAUCACAAACUGAAAGGUUGCCUCUCCUUCGCCAGAAACUGGAAGACGACGGGCCAAGAGCUCCGGGGACGGGGCGUCAGCAGAAAUACUCUUUGUCUCGCUGCAGGAACAAAUGAGCCUUUAUUUGUGAAGUUAAAAUUGCUAACAGCUGACUCCGCAAGGGCCAAUUACCGACUGAAGGGAACACAGGGGCCAAGAUGAAGGAGACAGCGUUUGUGGCUUGUUUGCUGGCGGAGCUGUCUUUUUUUCUGGCCUCUGCGGGGGCCGCUCAUUGCCCGGCACUGUGUCGAUGUGAGACACGACCCUGGUUCUCACCCAGCUCUGUUUACACCGAGGCUGCCACGGUGGACUGUAAUGACUUGGGCCUCUCUGAGCUGCCGGAGAGACUCCCCUCAGAAACACAGGUGCUGCUGCUGCAGACAAACAACAUCGUUAACGUGGAGAAAACUUUGGAUUACUUGGCCAACAUCACGGAAAUCGACUUGUCUCAGAAUAACAUUUCCUCGGUGAGCGAUGUUUGUCUGGGCUCCCUCCCCCGGCUGCUGUCGCUCCACAUGGAGGAGAAUUGGAUUCAGGAGCUUUCUGACAGCUGCCUCUCCACCUGGCCCAAUCUCCAGGAGUUUUACAUCAACCACAACCUGAUUUUCUCCAUCACUCCCGGAGCCUUCCAGGGCCUGAGCCGGCUGCUGAGGCUCCAUCUCAACUCCAAUCGCCUGACGAGCGUAGACAGCCGGUGGUUCCAGCAUCUCCCCCACCUGGAGAUAUUGAUGCUGGGAGAGAACCCCAUCAUCCAGCUGUCAGACAUGAACUUCAAACCCCUGGCGAACCUCCGCAGCCUGGUGCUUGCCAAGAUGAAUCUGACUGAAAUGCCUGAUGACGCUCUGGUUGGUCUCGAGAAUUUGGAGAGCAUCUCUUUCUUUGACAAUCUGCUCAAUCGAGUCCCCAGAGCGGCACUGAUGAGAGUCAAGAACUUAAAGUUUCUGGAUUUAAAUAAAAACCCGAUCGAGAGGAUCCAAAGAGGCGACUUCAUGGACAUGAUGCACCUCAAGGAGCUCGGGAUCAACAGCAUGCCCGAGCUCGUGUCCAUCGACAGUUUCGCGCUGAACAACCUACCAGAGCUGACGAAGAUCGAGGCCACCAACAAUCGCAGGCUGUCCUACAUUCACCCAAGGGCCUUCCACAAGCUCCCCAGGCUGGAGACCCUGAUGCUGAACAGCAACGCUCUGAGCGCGAUCCAUCACGGCACCGUGGACUCCCUGCCGAACCUGCGGGAGGUCAGUCUGCACAGCAACCCCAUCCGCUGCGACUGCGUCAUCCGCUGGGUCAACAUGAACCGGACCACCGUUCGGUUCAUGGAGCCCGACUCCCUGUUCUGCGCGGAGCCUCCGGAGUACCAAGGCCAGCACGUCCGGCAGGUGCAUUUCAGGGAGAUGACGGAGAUCUGCCUUCCUCUGAUCUCUCCGGGGAGCAUCCCGGAUCGGGUGGAAGUCGGUAAAGGGAGGUCCGUGUCGCUGCACUGCCGGGCGUUUGGAGAACCGGAGCCUGAGAUCUUCUGGGUGACGCCUUCGGGUGACAGGGUCCUGCCCGGGAGUGUGUCCGAUAAGUACUACAUGCACCCCGAGGGAACCUUUGACCUGUACGGUGCCACGGAGCAGGAAGCCGGCUCGUACACCUGCAUCGCCCACAACCUCGUCGGGGCAGACCUCAAGUCUGUGAUGGUGUCGGUGGACGGAUACAUUACCCAGCCUUCGAAUCAACCGGUACACGUCCAUAUCGCAUCAGUCCAGUCUCAUUCUGUCAGGGUUUCCUGGGAGAGCACGGGGGGGUUGGUAUCACAACUAAAAUGGUCCCUUUUAGCCGACGUCAGCAGCAGCGGUUCGGUGCCGUUCACAGCCAGGCUUCCUGCGGAUGUCAGAGAGUACCGCAUCAGACAGCUGAAGCCUUCCACGUCUUACCGGGUCUGUGUUGAGGUCCAGCCCGGGUACAGCAGGGACUGUGUCAACGUGACCACAAAGGAGGCAGCGUUCCCGGGGAGGAAGACGGAGAACUGGGACGCUCUGGUGAUGGCUUCCUGUGCCGUGUUCUUCAUCGUGGUUGCCGUGGCUUGCUCCGUGAUCUAUACGUCUCUGUACAGCCAAAUGUUUUACAGGAAACUGAUAGCAGACCCGGAUGAAACGCUGCUGAUUCCCAGCACUCAUUCCUCCUCCUCCUCUUUCCUGGAAUUCGGUGCGUCCGGGAUCAAAGUGAGGGCCACUGUAAUAGACUUACCGGACAUGUAAGAAACGUCCUCGUCUGUAGAAGCACUUUGGGAUAACCAAGAGGGAUUGACGCGGGACAAUGUCAUUGAUGAGGCUCUCUUUCAGGACUUAUGAUGGGACACUUUGCAAUGGAGGAAAUUCAUACAUAUUUACAUAAAUGGCUGAAAAGCAGAGACUGUUUUGUAUUCCAACUUGUGUCAUUAUAAGAAGAGUGAUCCGGCGGAUAUCUUGACUUUAAUCUACACGCCUGCUGGUCCUUCCUGCAGUGCAACCAGAGCAAAGCACAGCAGAGGAACCUUUCUGUCUGAAGUGCUGUGUGCAGACGGCCUUUAUGUCUGCUUUUUCUUUGCUGUGUUUCAUUAAACGGUGCCAACAAGCAAAGGUAGUUUAUAACGGCAGAAGAAAAAAAAACAACCUUGUUAGUCUAAUGUACAAUUAA